UGAAGCGCAAGGAAGGAAUGUGGGCAGGCGGUGCGCAGUGCGUGCAUGCUUCGCUGCCCCGCGGCGCACGCGCUCAGCCUGCGCCCACGCUCAGCGGCGCCAUCGCCAGCCGCCGCCCGCCCAGACCAUCUCCUCCAUCACCGACUUUGGUGGCUCAAAUCGACUCCUCAGUAGCGUGUCUUUGGUUGCUCACGCCGCUGUCAGCGGGCACCGCAGUCGUAGCAGUUUUGGUAGCAGUAUCAACAAACAACUGGCUUCACACACAGGAGAAUAUGCUCAACCCUUCGUACAACGGCACGGGCAGACAUGACCUAGUUGCCAAGCAAACCGUGUCCGGAUUAUGGAGGAUAUGCCACACAGAUCCUGGUAGUACUGUGUUCCGGUGUUUAGACAUCCCAUAUUUUCCACUAUCACAAUGGCAGCCCGACCCGAGCGAUUCAACAAACGCAAUACCAUAUGUGGUGACACGGUCUGCAGCCCCACUCCUCCUCGCCGUGUUCACUCAAGCUGUGGGGCUCUGUGUUGCGUCUUGGGGCACUGCGUCAAAGGGCGACGAUUAUGCACGUUCAUUGCUGGAGUCCUGUUUAUAAUUUCUGGUUUAAUAAUGCUGACCGGAAUCGUCAUGUACAUAUCUGUAUUUAAAUCACAAGUGGGCCACAAGUUGCGCUAUAUGACAUAUUUUGAUACACCACGAAUGUCAUAUAGUUACGGCUAUUCGUUUGGACUAUACAUAAGCGGCUUUGUAGCAGCAGAGCUAGCUGGCACAUCAGCUAUUUUCCUAUUCUUACAAUGGUACCAAAAGGAUUGGAUAACAGAGCUUACCGAGAAAGCCAAAGCUGACUGUAGAGCGUGGGAUCGCGAAUACGCCUUCACAGAGUUUAGAGAGCGAGACUCCACGCUAUUAGAAAGGCGAAUGAUGAAAAGGGACACGUAUCCCCCUUCAGGGUCAUCAGCUGCAACGCCCCGUGAGCGUCGACGUUUCGUGUUCGACGGGGACGAAAUGCCGCACUGUUCAAUACAUAAUAAAAAUAGGAGAAUAAAUUUAAGUUCAGCAUCACUGAAAGAUUUGUCGUCGUCAACGCUGUACGGGUUCCCGGCGGCGCCACGACCGACAGCCUGUGACAAUUACUUUGAGGAAUUCAAGGAAGUACCUCAAAGUGCGAAUACCUUAAGCGGGUUGAGGAGUGCAUCAAUAUUUCAGUCACAGGCGUCGGUGGCGAGCGGCCGCUUCUUGGACACUUCGGCUGUGGAGCCUCCGCCUUCGCGAGAGGAGGAGAUGGUGACGUUCGGUGCUGGCGCGAGAGGUGGCGAGGAACAAGCGCCGCCACGGCACGACCGCGCUGUAGGCACCGACCCCUACCGUCGAACCACACCCGUCUGA